AUGCUGUCGCACGUUAUCCGGCCCUCCAGCGCCCUGUCCGUCUCCGCUGGCGGACGGUGGUCCCAGCUUUUCCAGAAUGCCUCCGUCCUCCCCUACACUCUCGCACGGCCGGCCGCGUUUUCAUUGAGCAUCCCUGGAGUUCUGUCGGAUAUUUGGGACUCCGUCCUCAAGGCAGUACCCAAGAAGAAGACCUCCCACAUGAAGAAGCGCCAUCGGCAGAUGGCCGGCAAGGCUCUGAAGGAUGUCAAGAACCUCAACACAUGCUCGGGAUGUGGUCAGGUUAAGCGCGCACAUGUUCUGUGCCCUCACUGUGUGGAGAGAUAUGCUGCAUGGCAUUCGGCGUCCGGCUAUUUACUUGGGAAUUUUUUGAUGUUUACUGCCUCCAGCCUGUGUAUAUUUGUCCAAUUCAAACGAAUCCAACAUUCUCCGUCGCGUCUUUGCGAAUGUAAUGCAUGUGCUACUUACGACUCCGUGUCGAAACAAUAUCUCUCUUGCGGCUCCGCAGACAAUGCCCAUCCCAUUGACAUUUUCUCCCUUGCCGUGACCGACAAGCAGAUCUUGUCAGCGUCGGGCGCCUCCGCCUUGAAGGUUCACUCCACCACAGACCCCGACUUCCCUCUGGUGCAAUCCAUUGAUGGAGCCCAUAAAGUCGGCUGUCACCAUGUCGUGACAAACGGCAAAGGCACCAGGGCCGUGAGUGUGGGUUUUGCGGGUGAGAUCAAGAUCUGGUCUUGUCACGAAGGGACCUGGGCGGAAGAUAAAAAUGCCUCGGCACAAGGCGCAGAAUCUGCUAAUAUCUGGGCUGUUGCACUAUCUGAGGAUGGUCAGUACCUGGCUGGCGUGAGCCAAGAUGGGCGUAUUAAAGUAUGGGAUUUGGACGCCAAUGGCGAACAAAUCCGUGACCAUGAGACCAAAGGAAGUUUCGGCACAUGCAUAGAUCUGUCUGCCGAUGGUCGCUUCAUAGCCAGCGGUCAUGAGAACGGGUCAAUGGAUUGA